AUGUAUCGCGGAUUAAUAGUCGAUUCAGUACCUCUCAGGCUUGCGAUGAGCAAUUUGCAGCAAUGGUUGGCAUCGCUCGGCAAACCAUGUUAUAUCGCUACCCAUAAUCUCAGUUUUGAUGGACCGAGGCUUUUCAAUGCUAUCGUUACUUGUUCUUUGCAUGACGAUUUUCGAGACGUUGUCUGUGGUUUUAUAGACACUCUUAUCGUGAUCAGAAGGCUUACUGGUAGAAAACGUAAAGGCGAAUGUACCAUCGCUGGUUUAGCACAAUGGCAAGGAAUUUUGACUGCUGGUAUUCACAAUGCAGAAAACGAUGUAAAUAUACUUCAAAAAAUUCUCUGCUCAGCAAAAAUAACUUGUAAAAAUCUUGUCGAAAGUGCAAAGUCGUGGGAAGAACAAACUCAUAUAUGGAGUAAGGAGGAACGCACCAGACAUUUUCUAAACGAUUUAAUCCCAUUAAAAAAUGUAAUUGGCGAAACUAUUCGUAAAAAAAUGGCCUACGCCUCAAUAAAUAUUAAUUCUUUACAGAAUGUAUUUCGUGAAGCAGGGGCAGCUGGUAUUGUCCAGCUUCUCAGUUGUAAAAUGAAUGGAAGGCCGAUAGUAACUAGUCACAAAUCCUCGUUAGAAAAAAUUACGAAAUGGUUACAAGAAAGUAUGAUUGAAAAAAAGUAA